AUGGCCCAGUUCAUGCUCGGCCACUCCCACGGCGGAGAGGCGCCGCGGCGUCCGCCACCGCUCUGCGUUCCUCCUGAGCGCGCGUCGGCCGCUCCCGGCUCGACGGCGAGUGGCGGCAGCCUGACCUAUGUCACGCCGGACGAGUAUAUCCGGCGACAUGUGCACCCGAGGCCGGCGCGGGCUCGCAGCAGCCACCGGCGUCGAUCCAGGGAGGUCUCCUUCUCCAGCGAGUCGCCCGAGCUCUACUUCCAGUCGGGCCGGAAGUACACGCACCGCUCCUACGGAGGCCUCUGUCUCAGCAUGUCCAUAGUCGCCGUCAUCGUGGCCGUCAUAGGCAUCGUGUCCGUCGCCGCCUACCUCGGAGUCGCGACCAAGGAGGAUAAACAAGCUUUACAAUACGAGAUGCAGUACGCGGGACAGUUCCGCGUUCUGCACGGAGACGUUUACCACCCGGAGCUGGAAGACGCGCGGUCGGACGACUUCAGACACAAGGCCGCUCGCUACCAGAGAAUGCUGGAGACGCUGUACGGAGCCAGCUCCGUCUCCGAGGCGUUUCGCCAUGUGGACGUGCACUCGUUCGACGGUCGACCGCUGACGGUCUUCUUUCGUAUUCAUCUCGACAGAAGGAAAAUACCCAGGUCUGUCGUGGACACGGAGGAGGCGCUGAGGGACGUCCUGACCCAGGAGGUGAUGGCCCUCCAGCCGAAGGCAUUCCGAGCGCUCCAACUCGACAUCAACAGUAUUCACAUCUCACGGGAGAAGAAUCUUCCAGGAUUGUCACCUGUGCUGACCUCGGACGUGAGCUCGACAUCGGGCCAGCCUUCAAGAGACUCGGCUGAGUCGUCCGCUGCCAGCCCCGGUCACCGAGCACCAGGCGGCGUCGCGACCAGCGGAUCGGGUUCGGACGUUCACCAACUGCAGGACUGGGUCCGACCGCCGCGCGUCGGCUCUGUGAUGCUGCAAGGACAGGGACCUACCGGAGUCCUGGCGGAGACGGAGUCGGGAGCGGAGCCGUCCCCCGCACUGCACGGCAGACCCAUCACCGAGUAUCAGCCCUCAGAGUACGGUGACUUCCCUCCGGCUCUGGUCGGCCGUCGGUCCGACCUAGCGACGGCUGCCUCGGUGGAGUCGCACCUCUGGGGCACCGGCGGCGUCUCGCAGCUCCCGGCGCGCCCACCCCGACCCCGACCUCCCCACGGUGACUCGGCAGGGGCCGGCGUCGUGCCGUCAGCUGGUGGUGACCGGGCGCGGCCGGCGGCCGGUGCCGGGUCGCGCCCGGCGCCGCCCGAGAUCGUACCGUUCGUGGACAGGCCGUCAGUGCAGUUGCCGGAGUACGAUCGUACCCCGUGGAGGCCGGUGUUGCCGUCUGGAGAUGAAUCGUCCCCGGGGCAGCGGGUGGCGGCUGUGGGCCCGUCUCUACCGCUGGCUCCCGGGCUGGGUGAGACUCAAGGCGGCGAGAGCAGUCCUCCGUCUCAGACAGGACAGGGCAGUGUCUGGGAUGAAGAGGCUGAAACUUACCCGGAGGAGCAUCGACGCGGCCCAGACCAGUUUCCAGUGAAACACGAUUUUUCAGCACCAGCUAGUCCGAUGGAUCCUGUCCAACCCAGACCAGAUGCAAUUGAGUCAAACCCUGAGACGGAUCUACCUGCUCCGUACUGGCCCAAAUUUUCCUCCGCGAGUUACCGUCCCCCUCCGCGACCAUCGCGACCUCCGGCCAUCCCUUCUGUGGCCUCCUUCCUCCCAAGCCCCGACAAACUGGGAGCAGGACUCCUGCAGAUGCUCUCAGAGUUCGUACUGGCGAGGACGAAACCCACAGUGCUGUCCAGGACCGAACCAAAUGAGCAGCUGGUGACUGGGCAGUCGCAGGCUGUGACUGAACAGUCUCAGCCAGUGACUGAGCAACCAGAGCCGGAGACGGAACUACCGGAUCCGGAGACGGAGCAGCUGGAGCCGGAGCAGCUGGAGCCGGAGCCGGAGCGGCAGGGGCCAUCAGACACCAGCGACCAGAUGGAUACAGAAGAACCAGCGACGUUGCCGCCGCUUACUGUCGUGCUGAAGCCUGCUCCCGCCAAAAGUAAGAAGACUUCUGCUGAUAAGACAUCGGCUGGCACUCUGUCUGGUGCGAGCGUGAAAACAGUGGCUGAACAGUCAUCAACCACACAACUAACAGAAAAAGAUGGCUCAUCAGCAGUGCCAGAUAUCAUUAUUACGUUUAGCGCCGUCAAUGGUACACCUUCUCAUAUCAAGAGGCUUUCUGAACAACCUGCCGCAUAUCUUCCAGACAAACUGGUGCGCAAGACUCUAACCAUUGUCUCCAAAAAUGACACAGAAGACAAUCCAUACGUAACUCAUCCUUCAGGGAUCAUCAGCAAGUCUCCGUUUGGUUCCUCUGAUCUGCUGGAUCCAAUGUCGCCAACAACAGCUUCGCCAAUAGAAAAGGAACACCAUGCCGACUUUCAUGAGGUCAGCUCAAUCGUGUCACCGCCCAGUGACCCCUUCGGUCAGGCUGGUUUGACCGAGGACGGAGACUUCGUCACCACACCUGACGUAGUGUCGUUCCAAACAGUGCCACCACACCUCCACUUCCACACCGGUCCGGGAGGCGUUCCAGCGGCCUGGCCGACUCCACCAGGCACGGCGGAGGGAGCUGUACCGGCCCCGGUGGGCCCGUCACCUCUGGGCACCACCUGGCCAGCAGAGGCAGAGGGAGACUCUGCCGCCGUAACCGUCUCACCUGAACAGGCCUGGGAGCGCGACGGGCACGUGACCAGGCCCUUCUUCCGCCCGGUGACCUCAUACUCAGGGGUGUAUCCGCCGAGCCGGCCGAAACCACCGUCCCUUCCGCAUCCAGAGUACCCUGCUGUAGGCGAUGAGUCCAACCCUCCGUCCUCAUACUAUGAUACCAAUGAGGAAGGCGAGGAAGACUACUUCUACUACGACACUGAGAUCUUCACCGGCAACGAUCCCGUACACAGCAUUUUCGACAUGUUCUCCACCAGGAAGCCAUUGGUGCUGGAUACAGACAUCGUGACCUCGACUAGCGUCAGAGAACGGUCGCUGGCGGAGGGACGGGCGGCGUCAGGUCUGUCGGAGGGUGCCGCCCAGAGGAGGGGGCCAGGACGGAGGAAAUACAGCGGCAGAGUGCGGAAAGACGGCAAGGAAAGCACGCUGAAAAAGGGAGAUGGUGAGAGUGUUCCAGUGUUGAACGGCGAGGCUGUGAAUGAAGUAAAUGUGACCAGUGCAAAUCUGAGACAUAAGCGGAGUUUGGCGUGGCUGCGGCUCAACUACCCUCGCGAGGACCGGCCUGAUAUCUCGGAGCCCUCGUCGCAGCCGCGGUCUCGGCUUUACGCCAUUCGGAGAUUACCAAGUCCAACCCAGACACCUGUCUCUUCACAGAGACCUCACCACCCUGCUGAGCCCGCUGACGCCGACCUCAGCUCCGCCUCCGGUCCCGUAGCGGCGCGGCGCGUCCGACGUCCCUUACACAGCUCCCAGUCGGUGGCCAGUCUGGCGGCUCGUCUGAGGCUGGCUGCUUCACCCACCGAACGCCCUCGGCGCGGUUCCCGACACCGCCUACCACCCAGAAGAGAGAAACUCGCCGAUAAACUGAUGCGAUUCCGUGGAGUGCGUUCACGGGGGAUCUUUGCGACUACUGCUCGGCCUGAGCGGCGCUGGAGACUGGAAGGCACCACGCGUCUUCCCAACAGCGCUCCGAUUCAAGUGAUUAAGUACGACGAGGGAGCGACGGUGGACGAUAUUCUUGAUAGGAUUUUCGAGACGAGGCGCGAGUUUGAGAGCUCGAAGGAGAAUGAGGUAGGCUCGUCGGACGAGGCGGCGAAGGCUGUGACGGAGAGUAGUUCCAGUGAGCUGUGGAAGAACCCUGAGGCGGACAGGACUGAGUGGCAGGGCUCCGAGAAGAUGGAACUCUGGUCACCCGUAAAGGAGAACGUCCAGUGGACCGGCGAGGAGCACAGUGCUAUCGACCAGGUUAAUCGGAUGGGCUUGUUGGAGGAGACAGACUUAAAAGCACCAUCCGAAAUGACAGUAGGUCAUCACUCUGAGGAUAAAACCGGAGACAGCGGCAGCAAAGGCGAUAGGCCAGCACACUCGGAACCAACAGUCCGUCCGCCAGUCCGUCUCAUCACCCGUCCUUCGCGUCCCUCACGUCCAACCGCUCGCCCGGGACGCCCCUCCUCCCGCCCGACCUACCGUCCGACUCAUCCCUCCACCACGGCACCCACCACCGUCCGUCCCACGCAGAAGUGGCGACCGGUCCGGUUCCGCCUUCCAACCGACUCGGACUGGCCCAGGGUGACCGAGCCUCCCCGACUGGCGGACAAGCUUAGUCGUUUGACUACCACCCCGGAGCCACCGCUGGAGGUAGUGGGUGUAUCUGCCCGGCCGGCCCCGGCGGCGGCCAGCACACAGCUGGUGGUGGAGACGGAUAACGAGGUGGGCACUGCGGCGCACCCCUCUGCCGUGGUGCCGACUCGGCCGACACUGGCGUCCCUGCUCAGCAACUACACCUACCCCGAGGAGGAGCUGACGCCGCCGGGUGCCGGCUGUCCCGGGGACCAGUUCCGCUGUGUCUCCGGCGAGUGCAUCCCGCGCCUGUCCCGCUGUGACCUGCUGCGGGACUGCGCCGAUGGCAGUGACGAGAUGGUCUGUACGUGCGCAGACCGGCUCAACGCCCAGUUCCUCGAGAGGAAAAUCUGUGACGGCAUCAUCGACUGCCACGAUAGUACAGAUGAGCAGUUCUGCGACUGGUGUCAGCCCGGCCAGUUCAUCUGCCCGGGCGCCAAGCGCUGUGUACCGGCCGAGGCAGUCUGUGACGGCGAGUACGACUGUCCGGACGGCGCCGACGAACACCAGUGUGUCACACUGGCCACGAGCAGGGCGACGGCCGACCAGCGCCGCUACCAGUCCGCCGGAUACCUGAUGGUCCGCCGCCGCGGCCAGUGGGGACCGCUCUGUGUCGACGAUUUCGACGCGCUCGUGCGCCGUACCGGCACGGACUGGAGUGUCCAGGAGCUGGGAAAGGCCGUCUGCAACGCUCUCACCUACAAUGAGACCACGGGCGUGUUCCGUACGGACUCGGCUCCAUCCGCACGGAGACGGUCCCGCCGGCAGCGGAAGCGACGGGACGAUCCGUUCUACCGACUGGUGCUCUCAGAGGAUGCGCCGCGCAACACAUCAGACAGUACGAGCCUGGUGUUUGAGGAGGCCACUUGCCCCCGUCAGACGGCAGUGCAUAUAAGCUGUGACAGUCUCAAGUGCGGCCUGAGACCGCGCGUCAAACAGCGACGGGCACGGAUUGUGGGCGGCACCAACUCCAGUCCAGGCGCCUGGCCGUGGCAGGCGGCAAUGUAUAGGGACGGGGAGUACCAGUGUGGCGCCACACUCAUCUCAGACCGGUGGCUGCUCUCCGCCGGUCACUGCUAUCUCAGGUCGGCCACCAACCACUGGGUGGCCCGUCUGGGCGCGUACCGGCGCGGCAGCACCCUACUAUCGCCGUUCGAAUCGCUCCACCAGGUGUCCCACAUCAUCGUCCACCCGGACUACGAGGAUGUUGGAUAUGUCAACGAUAUCGCGCUGCUCCGGCUGGCCGACUCAGUCAGUAUGAGCGACUUUGUGCGCCCCGUGUGCCUGCCGCCGCGCCGCGCCGAGGUCACUGAGGGCGCCAUCUGCUCAGUGAUCGGCUGGGGUCAGCUGUUCGAGUCGGGCAGGAUAUUCCCUGACACUCUCCAAGAGGUGGAACUGCCCCUCAUCACCUCGCAGCAGUGCAAGAAGCGCACCUCCCGCCUACCGCUGUACAAAAUCACCGACGAUAUGUUCUGCGCGGGGUACGACCGCGGCGGCCGCGACGCCUGUCUGGGCGACAGCGGCGGACCGCUCAUGUGUCAGGAGCCGUCCGGCGAGUGGACGCUGACCGGUAUCACCAGUAACGGGUACGGCUGCGCGCGCGCCCUCCGGCCCGGCGUCUACACUAAGGUGGCUAACUAUGUUGACUGGAUCGAGCGGAUCACCACGGGACCGCUGCCGCGCGCCCGGCGCACCCGCUGCCGGGGUCACAGGUGUCCGCUGGGCCGCUGUCUGAAGCGGGACAGCGUCUGUGACGGCGUGGUGGACUGCGCUGACGGCAGCGACGAGAGACAGUGCUCCUCCGCCGCGUAACGCCCGCCCGGCCGGCGCGGGCAUAACGAACUGUGACGCACCGGCAGCAAAUACCGUGAUAGUGAGACAAUGUUGUUUUGUUCCUGUGCGUUAUCCUUGUAACCCGUGCCUUGGCGGCCGGCGUAUCGGUCGCCCGGCGCUGGCGACUGAAACUUGUAGCGGCGUGUGACGAAUGAUGGCAAGCGUUCUGUGAUUAAUGCGAGUCUUGCCACGUGCGCCAUGACUUGUGUGGCCGAGAUGGCGCCUGCCUCGCGCCGUGUGUGUAUGUGUGUGUGGGAGCGAGUGGACGCACGCGACUAUCAGCGACUAGGGACUGCAUCUGAGACGAUCUCGCCCGCGGUGCGGCGUCGCUGCUGGCUGGAGCGGCGGCGCCGCUGUUGUUAUACUCAGAUAUGCAUUGUUAUUUAUGUGGAAGGGCAUCCCGGAUAUGUGUGAUAUGGAAUGCCGCCGCGGUGGAGACAUGAGCGAAUAUAUGAGCUGGAGGAUUG